UCCGUUUCAAGGCGAGAGCGUGUUGUGUUGUGACAAAUUGUUUGAAGGCUGUCUGUUGCGAGCUGGACCAACCAACGUUGUCAGCUCAACUCGGGUCUGCGAACGAGACAGAACUAAACAGUCGUGCGAUGUCGAUGCCCCGCCCCCUCAGUCGUCGACCUGCAAACGGACGGACGCCACGUCUGUCGGGCUCGACAAAACUGUCGCUCGAUAACGUAAAGAACAAAUUCUAUUCUUGUAAUUAGGGACUGUUUUGAACAGAUUAUAGAGGCAGACAAUCGUGUCGGGGAGUAAUUAAAAACGAAAAUGGCACCGUUAAUACCCGGCGAAGUUUGUAUAUCGAACAAAUUGUUAAUUCACGAAGUACAGAAACGACCGGCGUUAUACGAUAGGUCGAUGCAGGAAUAUACGAAUCAGUUAGCGAAGACUCAGGCAUGGAAAGAUAUAACUGGGAGUAUAUUUUCUGAUCGUUGGAGUAGUUGGACUCGUGGUGAACAGGAUGCUGUCAUGCUUGCCGUUCAGAAGCGAUGGAUGAAUUUACGGAGUUGCUUCGCGAGGGAGCUGCGGAAACAGACAAAAUACGAGAACACGUCACAGGAACGGAGAAGGAAAUAUCGUUAUUAUAAGAACAUGAUGUUUUUGCAGAAACACUCGGCCGCGCAAGGCGUGAAUGAAACUCAGGGGUCCGAAGGCUACCGGUCAGAUAACCUAGAGGAUUGGCAAGGUCAGAACACAGAGAACUCAUACUUAGAAGAUGAAGAUAGCGGGUCGGACUGUAGCGUGCCAAUCAAGAAGGAAAAGAAAGGGUUUGAGAUAGUAAUAGAAGACCCUCUAGAAGACAUGAAACCAGGACCUGAGUCCGUGGAAACACAGAGACAAGACCCGGACCAGGAUAUCAACUUCGUCAUGUCCCUAGUACCAAUGUUCAGAGAGCUACCAGUUAGUCAAAAAUUGAAAAUGCAAGUUGACAUUUUGAAACUUUUUCAACAAGUUGUUAAAAAAUAAAGACUGAUUUUUCCCAUUUAAAUGCUAGUCGUAAGUUUUGCCUGUUAAGUUUUUCUUGUAAACAACGAAUUUGCAUCUCAUUCCUAUAGGAAAUAAAACUUCUUUCAAAUAA